AAGGACCAUGCACAGCGGUAAGGACAACACAGGCCAGCUGGCAGCGACGUCAGACGGCGUGGGGCGGCCCUCGCCCUCACCUUGGGAGCUACUGCGGAGCAGUGUGCCGUGCUGCAGAAAGCAUUAUGUUAUGCCUUAAACUUAUGAGUAAGGAAAAUAACGACCCGGGGUGACGCCCGGGUCCUCACUCCAAAUGUGAGAGGAAUUUUUGUGCGGGUACAGGUCGCCCCUGGGUGUUCCGCUUACUUCGCGGGAUGCCCGGGUGCCGUGAUCUGCCCGUUGUUCGGUGGUGGGCGUCCCAAGGACAGAACUAACGGAAGCGGAGUGCUCACGUGUUCCGUCAGUUAUACGGAGGGCUGUAUUUAGAGAGCCCUGAGGAGAGAACUGGAGCAGAAAGGCCCUGCCAGGACCUCCCUGUCCUUCUCCCUCCUGCUGCACCGUCCAUUGCCAACAUCUCCUCCACCAUGUCACUUUCUGAAGCAGAGCUGCAAAGUGCCCGUGGUGCCUGGGAGAAGAUAUAUGUGGAUGCUGAGGACAAUGGGACAACUGUGCUGGUCAGGAUGUUUACUGAGCACCCAGACACCAAGUCCUACUUCACACAUUUCAAAGGCAUGGACUCUGCCGAAGAGACGAAACAGUCAGAUCAAGUCAGGGGCCAUGGCAAGAAGGUUUUCAGUGCCAUUAAUGACAUGGUGCAACACCUGGACAACUCUGAGGCUUUUCUUGGGAUAGUGACUCCACUAGGCAAGAAACAUGCCACCCAGCUGAAGAUUGACCCCAAAAACUUUAAGGGUGAGUGAAUUAUCUGUAACAUUAUCUUACAAUUGAUGGAGGAGAAAUUUGGUGGAGACAGCAAAGUUUCCUUUGAGAAGGUGACCAAUGAAAUCUGCACCCACUUGAACAAUAUCUACAAAGAUGAGGGUUGGUGAGGAUGUACACCCUCCAGGCUCUUCAAACAACUUGCAAGCACUGAUUUGCUGCUUUUGGGGCCCCAGCCACAGCUGGAAAAAUUAAAUUUUAACUAAAAAAAGGCAAGAAAAAAGGCUUCCACAAUAUAGGUAUCAAUGUCAAUAAUUUCCUUAGCAAACUGAGUUUCUACAGCUAAACAAAACCCAGAUACAUCAAAGUCAACCAACAAAUCCUGAUGUGCUUUGCAGUUUCAGUGUUCCAGGUGGGUUCCUCUGGCCACCGUCCUUGAAGACUACAUUUUAAGAUGGUGACUUUAAGCUUUCUAAAGACUUGCUCCUUAUAGCAGCACCAGAAACUCUUUGGCUCACCUACCACCUCUCCAUCCUCACGAAUGACAGGAAGGAGACCAUUUUGAAGCAUCUCCAGAAUCUUGCUAGAGGUUAUUAUUUAAGAGGCAUGAGUAUUGUUCUGUGUUUGAACUUAAACAAGGGGGAAGUGGUGUAUGGGAGGGACCAGCAUCUGGAAGAGACAUGAGGAAAGUCCCAUCCUGCAUGAGCCAGGAGAGUCACUGAAAGUCCCAUCUUGCAUGAGCCAGGAGAGUCACUAAACCUUGGUUUCUCAGAGCAGCUUUCAUCAAGGGAUGACAACACCGAGUGUGGUCACCACUGGACCCCUCUGGGCAGGGAUGAAUGUCUCCAGGGAGUGGAUUCCACUGUGUUACUCCCAGGAAAUUACCUGGGUUGCGUAGCUAAAUGAACCAAGAGUAGAGCUCACUGGCUCUUGUGCACUCAAAAUGCAGCCAGCUGAUGGAGACUGCUGCUUCGCUGCAUGGGCAGCACAGGGGCCUCAGCCUGGCAUGGGACUCAUCCUGUCGUCACACAGCCUGAGCCUCCCUUCAGUGUUGACUGGGUCCUGAACUAUUUAGUUGCUUUUUUUUUUUUUUUUUUUAAUUCCUUAGACUUGGUGAAAUAAUCAGCUAAUAACAGCAAAUAACCACAUGCUGGUUUGAUUCAGUGUAAUGCAAUAAACACAGAGAAAGCAGAUGUGCCCUCUCAUUUGCUUCACAGAAAAGGUGAUGUGCAGUAGUGGCAGCUGGUUACAGUGCACAUUUACUGAUGGUAAAUGUGCUUGGGGGCGGUUUCCAAAACCAGCUCAACCUCCCACCCAUCCAUCAUAUUUGUGGCAGUCAGGAUUCUCAUGGUUUUCACUUCACCAUGAAGCAACAGUCUUGUAAAAAAGUAAAAAUGCAGUUUUCCUUCAUUCAAUGUGUAGUUUUCCUCAUCCACUACAUUUGGCAAAGGAUGCUAAAUCCCAAAGUCCAGAAGAGGAAGUCUAGCCUGAGGGGAAGAUGGAGCAGGCUGCUUUAUUUGCUUCAGUGUUCUGUUCAGCUUGGGAGGAAAGGGAAGAAUACUGCACAGCAUUGGCAAGGACUGUAAAAAAAAGAACAAGACAUGUAAAAAAUAUUUACAGUCUCAAAUCUCUCUGAGGGAGUACAAGUAGUUAAAGCUCUGAAAAGAGGUGGUGGCAGUUCUUUACUCCCAUCGCUCUGCUGCAAACCGGUUUGAGCUUAGGAAGAUUUGAAGGCAGGAAUUCAAAAAGUUACAGUGGUUCCAGUGAAAUGUCCCCACCUACUUACCACCUUCUAGAGAUGGUGAAGAAACUGCAGGGAAAGAUAGAUUUCAGGUCUUACUGAAAAGAAUAAGAAGUAACAGUACUUAUAAGAAUAAGUAGUAACAAUGCAAGAAUUUAUUAAGCAAGAGGAAAAAAGUGAUCAAAGCAAAAAAAACCCAAAGAACCACCAUGCAGGACUGGACAAAGAGUGCUUUAACAUGUUUUAUAAGCCUCUGCAUCAGAAGAAACUAAUUUCUACUGUCUGGAAUAAAAGACAACAUUACUGAGGAAGGUGGCAUGUGAAAUAUGGGACAUAGAACAGUAAACUGGAGGGGUUAUCAGGUGCUGCAGGCCCCUACACAACACUCUGCACACUGCCAUCACCUCUGAAGCAUGGCGCAGUCUGCAUUUAUACUCAGUUUAGUGCUGACUGCAACCUCCAUCUGCUGUGUUCCUACUACUAAACCUAUACCCCUGGAUGUACUCACCCACGCCCUUGCCUGCCUUGCAGUCGCCCCAGGGGUCUGAAGUCUUGUUACCAUUCUCUCUUCAGCUACAUAGAUAAUCCCUGCUCUAAGGCUAUUUAACAUUUGCUCAGUCUACCCUUUGCACUGGCUUAGAGAGCUGGUUUACCUAUUUUCUCCCACUGCUCUUCGGCAUGGGUGGUGCAAGAUAGGCUGGACAGACAGAGGGGCUCCAGGGCAGGGCUAUCAUUGUAGCAAUGGGAUGGUAACUCCCAGAUUCAACAGCUGUUGGAAGGCAAGGGGACAAAAGAAGAGCCUCCUGUGCCACCUCCAAUGGCCAGUCAUGCGUUGGGUAACAGGAUGUGGUGGCACUAGGCCAAGCACCUCUGCUUGGAAAUGUCACCAUUUUACUGUGUGGUUCCUCCUGCUGCAGUGGGAAAAGCAACACACAGGCUGUGUGGCACUAGGCCAGACACCCCAGGGAAGUGGCUGAGUAGCCAUCCAUGAGGGUAUUUAGAAGGUAUGAAGAUAUGGCACUUGGGGAUGUGGCUGGGCAGUGCUGGGUUAAUGGGUGGAUUCGAUGAUCUUGAGGGGCUUUUUCAAGGUAACCAAUUCUGUGAUUCCAUGUUCAGGAAAUGAUCUCAUUUCUGGUAAUGUGACAUUCUGCAGCUCCUUGUCAUCUUAACCUUUUUGUUUUGCACUCCUCUAACUAAUCUGGAUUGAUUAUAAGAUAUGGGAAUGAUGCUUGCAGGUUCACUGCAAUUCAAACACUUUAAAUCUGUUAUUUAUUUUUUCUGCUCAUUUUGUGCAUCAGCAAAAUUUCCAAGAUCUCAAAAGCUGAUGCUCAGCUACAGCAUUCCUAAGUUCCCUCAAGAGCUCCAUUUCAUAAUCUGUUUAACCAUGAAGACUAAGGUCAGUCCAUACCACUUCAGCUGUCCAGCAGGAAAUUUACAGGUGAUGAAUAUCUCAGUUUUACACUCCUGGAAAUAAAGAUCAUUGGGUCCUGCUGCAUGAAAGAUCUGUAAUUAGGCACAACUCUCCUCUUCUGAUAGAUGCUCCAAAUCUUUUGCAUCCUAAGUGUAUUUCAUCAGUCAUCUUAAUUUUUUUUUCCCAACUGCACUUCAGUCCUGUAUUUCCACAAGUAAUUCAGAUUAUUAUAUGAGGGUGUUGGGGGUUAGAUUUGCCUCUUUUUCACUUACAGAAUUUUUUCCCAUAAGUUGCUACGAAAAAAAGACAGAGCUGGGGGGGCAGUUGCUUUCUCUUGUUCUCAGCAUCGAGGAGGACAGUCAAGCUGCCCCUCGCUGCAGGAAGAGUUCACAGCCAUCACUCCAUCUUGUCCUGGGAAAUCUACCAUCAUCUGCUCGUGUACCCAGGAAUCCUGAGCUCGCUUUCUCCGGCCCUGGCCCCACCACCGCUGCUCCUUCCGAGCUUUGAUGUUUUCCUGCUACUCUGUAGCCCUGCACUGCCCAGCCCUGCCAGGACACCCCUGCUGCUCCAGCUGCCAGCGCAGAGCUCCUCAUCUCAUCCACCAGCCCGGGACUUUCCACCGUUCCAGCUCGGCCUCUUGGAGUCCUGCAGGGGCACCAAGAUCAAACUGCCCCAGGCUUUUGUGAAAGAAAGCCCUCGAGUUUCCUGGUUCUGUUUAUUAUUAAUGCUGUAGUUGUUGUUUGUUUGUUGUUUUGUCAUAUAUACUAAUAAAGAACUGUUAUUCCUAUCCCCAUACUUCUGCCUGAAAGCCCCUUUAAUUUUCUGAAUGAGAAUAAUUUGGAGGGAGGGGAUUUGAAUUCUCCAUCUCUAGGCAGGUCUUGCCCCCUUCCUAGCAGAUACCCGUCUUUCAAACCAAGACAGAGGGAAUCAGAGAUAAGCCUUACUGUCUUGCUUAACGUUUAGUAUGGUACUUCCCCUUCAUAAGGGAAGGCCCAAAUCCAAUUCCUCUUUUGUAAUUAAAUUUAAAAGCCAUUUGUAGAAUGAACGGCAUAUUAUCCAGAAUUUGCUGGUGUGGACUCUAGACACUGU